GUGGGGCCCACUCCAGAGCACCCACGGAAAUCUUCUCCACGGCCUCCUCCUCAUUCCCGCACCAACGCGUUCCCCUUUACCUCGCCGCCGGCGCCACCGCGCCGUCGCGCCGCCAUGCUCCGCCUCCGCCUCCGAUGCCGCGCCCUGUCCCAGCUCCUCCCGCCCCCAUCCUCGUCUCCCAUCUCCCAGCUCCUCGGCUACCACAGCCGCCUCCUCUCCGCGGCCGCGCCCGUCGUCUCCCCGAACCCUAGCUUCGCCGUCGAGGAUUACCUCGUCUCCACCUGCGGCCUGACCCGAGCCCAGGCACUCAAGGCCUCCCCCAAGCUCGCCCACCUCAGGUCCCCCGCCAACCCCGACGCCGUGCUCGCCUUCCUCGCCGGCCGCGGCCUCUCCGGCGCCGACGUCGCCGCCCUCGUCGCCAAGGACCCCAAGUUCCUCUGCACCAAGGUCGACAAGGGCCUGUCCCCCAUCGUCGCGGGGCUCUCCGGCGUCGGCCUGUCAGAUCCCGAGAUGGCGCGGCUCCUCUCGCUCGCCCCAGACAGAUUCCGCUGUAGAUCCAUCGUCCCCAAUAUACACUACUGCCUGUGCAUCUUCGUGUCCUACGAGAAUCUCCUCUCUGCUGUCAAGCGCAAUUUCUACAUUCUCACGUCCAACCUUGAGAGAGUGAUCAAGCCCAAUGUCGCGGCCCUGCGAGAGUUUGGGCUUGGUCCUUGUGCUAUUGCCAAGCUGUGCCUCGCUCAGCCAUGGCUGCUCACCUGCAACGUAGAGUGUGUCCGGGCGACGGCGGUGUGCGUCCAAGGUCUGGGUAUACCCCGAGGAUCUGGGAUGUUUAGGCAUGCACUCAGUGCUGUUGCAUUCGUCAGCGAGGAGAAAAUCGCCGCCAAAGUGGAGCACCUGAAGAAAACAUUCAGGUGGUCGGAUGCUGAGGUGGGCAUUGCUAUUUCUAAGGCUCCAAAUGUGCUGAAUAAGACUAAGGAGUUUCUGCAGAGAAGCUUGGAGGGCCGGCUAAGGCCCCGGAGCUACGUUGUGAAGUUUCUUAAGGCAAAUGGAUUGCUAGAUCCCGACCGGGACUUGUAUUCCGUGCUUGUAGUGACUGAGAAGGUAUUCAUGGAGAGGUACAUAUGCCCUCACAAGGAAGCUGCACCAUGCCUCGCUCCAGACUAUGCUGAUGCUUGCAAAGGGCUAAUGCCGACUAAUUUCAGAUUUACAUGAAGCAAGGAUUGGUUAUGGAAAUCGCUAACUGUGUAUGGCAUGACAGUUUUCACCAUUCAUAGUAAGCUGGUAAUUCACAUUAGUAUUUUUUCCCCUAAAUAGAGAUUGAUUUUCUGCUGUAGUAUGUCUUCCAUAUGCUGGUUUGGUCGCUGCUAAUGCCUGAUGAAAUUGAUAGUUUAAUUCAUGAACCCUGUGGUGUUGAUGUAAUGAUGUUCUAGUUAAGUAGACAUGAAAGCAUCGCCUGCAAUCUCUAGAAAUGAGAGUCCAUGAAUAUAUUUGUGUUUCUGACUUCCAUUUCUAGGAUAAUGGAAAUUGAAUAUGUGGGUAGACCAAUUUCCUUGUGAAACCAGAACCCAGAGAAUCAGAAAGGAUGAGAACUGUAUUGCAUCGUUUUCCAGUAAAUAUAUCAUAUGAGUUGCUUUCAUCCAAAUUUUUAUUUCCAUUUUCAUUUCUGUCUUUUUUUACAUCAUUUACAGUUCAUUUUUAUAUCCAGGUUAUGUUUAGAAAAAUCAGUUUUGCUAAAGCACAUCUAGAUGUGCUAUAAGUAUUGCACAUCUAAGUCCUAUGUCAUUGAUCUUACGUUGAGAUUCGUGUGGAUAUUUUCUUUUUCUUUUUUCUUUUCCUCUUUAUGCUUGAUUCACUCACUUAGAUGUGCAAUAACUAGAGCACAUCUAGAUGUGCCCUAGACACACCCUUAGAAAAUAUAUGUUUCUAUUGGGUGUCUUAUUAUGCCUUUUGGUUUCUUUCCCAUUCUUCUUCUAAGAUUUAACAUCUUUGUUCCUAAAUCCUGUACCUGAUUUUACUUCCACUGAGAAAAUUUCAAACUUGAAAAGGUAAUAAUCUAUUUGGGACUAAACCAUGAUCAACAAUGACUUAGUCUCGUCAUUUACGUCUGUCAUAGUUUGUCAGAACUAGAGGGUCUGCUCAGGCCCUGAUACUAUGCUGUAAUGUUUCUCAAGGAAAUGGAUUGCUCAAGCGCAACCUGAGCUACAAUACCGUUUUCAUGGUGGCUGAGAAGGUUUUCAUUGAAAAUUUUCAUAUUGCCCUCACAAGGAAGCUGCCCCGCACCUUGCUAAAGAAUAUAGGGGAAGUGCCAUCUACUUUCAGAUUUUUUUUCUUGGAAUACUUUUUUCUAGGAACUGACAGCAUUUAUGUUGGCGCUAGCUGUUUAUGUUAUGAAAAAUACUUGGCUGUUCCCCGGAUACUUAGAAUUUUGGCUACCUUUGGAAAACUUUAUAUUACUUUGCAAUAUUAAAUGAACUUUAAAUGCAUUAUAUAUCUUGAGGACUACUAGGACUGAAGCUGUAGCCGUUGGGUGCAUUUUAUGCGAAUAUCCACACAUACAGGUUAAAGUUGGACUCUUGGAGUUAACGAGUUGCCAUUGCGGUUGACACACUUGAGUUAUUUUCCUCUUGUUUUUUUUUACUUGUGUCAUUCCUGUCUGCACAGAGACCCAUGUUAUGGUUGAGUAGAUAAGCUGGUUGCUCUUCAUCUGGUAGCACAAGGAAAAAGAGACCUGGGAAGCACAGGGGGGUGAUAAUGGUCCAUGUAGCAUUACUACUGGGUUCAAUCCCGUUACACGCAUGGUACAUCACAUCGGUUGAAUUCUUGAGAGAUUGAUCCUUGCCUCCUUUGUACAUACGGUCUAUACAUAGCUUUGCCUUAAAGGGCUCAUCAACAAAGAGGAAGAUGUCCGGCAUACUUGUUUGAUUAUACUCGGUUGUGGUGAUUUCCUGAUUCCGAUCAUUCUUUCAGGUAGCAGGAGCCUUGAUUUAAAAGCUUGGCUACCAGAGAAGACAUAUUGUGUGUGCUCAGUGCUAACCAGAGAAGACAUAGCAUGCAUGCACAUAGGCUGUACUUGUUGAGCAGCCGCCGAGCAGGGGAUGUUUACCUGGAGAUAUUGGCUUAGCCUAAUCCAUCCAAACUCAGUCUUCAAUUUACUGAAUUUAAAUUAGAUGUUGCUUUCUUUCUACCGGGAGAAGAUGUCGGAUGCAGACGCGAACCCGCCUGAAUGAGACAGAGGAUCGACCUCGCUUCGGGGCGCACACACUGCAAGCACAUGCUGCAGUCAGAUUCCAAUGUCCAAAGUUUUCGGCUUGCUUACACAGUUUCUUUUGCUUGGGCCCAGAAUAAGGGAAAAUCUUGUUUUUGCCACUCUA